GUACCCGGUUUCUCGAUUGAGCGAGAAUUUCAUCUCAUGAUCCACCGAUGCGUUUCUAAGGCAAGCUCUGUUCUGUAAUUUCUGUUCCGAAUUUGUCAAAAUCUCUAAAAGAAUCUCAAUUCCGCCAUUAUCUCACUCUCUGCCGUCCUCGAUCCGAGUCAUCCGACCAUUGAAAUCUCGUUAAUCAAUCGAUCCCACUAGUAAAUCCCCAUCUUUUUGCUCUUGUUAGUUGUCCCUCGACUUGUGAGAUCUUCUAAACCCUCUCUUAUCAUUCUCUGCGUGGACAAUUAACUCUAGGGUUUUCAGUUCUGUCUCUUUUCUGAUUCUGUUUCGUUGGAUUUGGAGCUGUAUAUUGAAUUUUUUUGAUGUAUGGGAAGUGGCUUUUGGUUGACUUCGUGUUCUGAUCUGCGAAUUUUGGUGAAUUUCGAUCGGUCUGUGGCGGUUUAGAAUGGCAGGGCAAAACGUGGAUCUAUUCGAUUUAUAUUUCAGGAGAGCGGAUUUGGAUCAGGAUGGGAGGAUAAGUGGGAACGAAGCUGUUUCCUUCUUUCAAGGUGCAAAUUUGCCGAAACAUGUCCUUGCCCAGAUAUGGAUGCACGCCGAUCAGAACCGGACUGGUUACCUUGGCAGGGCUGAAUUCUAUAACGCUCUUAAAUUAGUAACUGUAGCACAAAGUAAGCGAGAACUAACCCCAGAUAUUGUCAAGGCGGCAUUAUAUGGUCCAGCAGCAGCUAAAAUCCCUGCACCUCAGAUAAAUCUUCCAGCCACACCUUCAUCACAGCCUAGCCCUAUCACAGCUGCUCCAGCCCAUCUUAUGGGUGCACUUGCUCCUACUACAUCUCAGAAUCCUGGUUUUAGAGGGCCACAAGUAUAUCCAAAUGCUAACAUGAAUCCACAGUUUCGCCCUUCGCAGGACAAUCAGUUCAUGAGGCCUCCUCAAGCCAUGCCUGCUGGUGUUGCUUCGCUACCAUCACAGGGCAUUUCUGGUCAAGUGCUUCCUGGGGGAGGUUCUGUGGUAGGUCCACGCCCACCAAACUCAAGUAUCUCAACUGAUUGGCUUGGUGGAAGGACUGGUGGAUCUUCAAUGGGAGCAACCUCACAAAUCCCGAAUAGAGGCACUUCUCCCACUGCAGCUCAGGAUGGAUUUGGUCUGGGUUCUUUGGGCCUAACAUCUUCAGUACCACCUAGACCACAGGCAUCUUCUGGGAUCACAUCUUCAGUCACUUCCACGCCGCAAGAUCCGGUCUUAUCGUCACUCCAAUCGACAGCUAAGGAUUCUAAAGCAUUAGUUGCUUCUGCAAAUGGAUUUGCUUCUGACUCAAUUUUUGGAGUAGGUAUGUUUACGGCAACCGCUUCUCAACCAAAACAAGCUGCUGCAACACCUUCAUUUUCAGCAAACAGUGCAGCUGUCUCAUCUGCCAUGGUUCCAGUAUCUUCUGGGCCCCAGUCUUCAGUUAAGCUGGAUCCAUUGGGUUCAUUAAGCUCAUUACCAAAUCAAUCUACGGGUGGUCAGCUUCAGCGAGUACAGUCACUGGUCAAACCAAAUCUACAGGUUUCAGACCAGAAUGCUACUGCAUUUACUUCAUCUGGCAUUUCAGUUGGACCCGCGAAUCCUGCCCCAUCCCAGUCACAGCCUCCUUGGCCUAAGAUGACUCUGUCUGAUAUUCAGAAUUAUACAAAAGUGUUUGUUGAGGUAGAUACUGACAGGGACGGUAAAAUCACUGGUGAACAAGCUCGCAACCUUUUCUUGAGUUGGAGAUUGCCGAGAGAGGUCUUAAAGCAAGUGUGGGAGUUAUCAGAUCAAGAUAAUGAUAGCAUGCUAUCACUGAGAGAGUUUUGUACUGCUCUCUAUUUGAUGGAACGGUAUAGAGAAGGCCGUCCACUUCCAGCUGUGCUUCCAAGCAGUGUCAUGUAUGACGAGACACUAAUGCGCACCACCGGGCCUGCUGCUGCAUAUGGAGGACAUGCAUCAUGGAGACCUACUUCUGGUUUGCCACAACAGCAUGGAAUGCCUGGUGCAAGGCCAGUAUCAUCUGCAGCUGGUGUGAGACCACCGUUACAGGUUCCUGUUUCUCCUCGAGCUGAUGGAGUGAUGCAGCCCAAUCAACAGAAGUCAAGAGUGCCAGUGCUGGAGAAACACCUUGUAAAUCAACUCAGUAAAGAGGAACAAGAUUCAUUAAACUCAAAGUUCCAGGAGGCAACAGAAGCAGAUAAAAAGGUGGAGGAAUUGGAGAAGGAGAUAAUGGAUUAUAAAGAGAAGACUGAAUUCUACCGCAAUAAGAUGCAGGAACUUGUAUUGUACAAAAGCAGAUGUGAUAAUCGACUUAAUGAGAUCACAGAAAGGGCUUCUGGUGAUAAACGUGAGGUUGAGUCACUAGCUAAAAAAUAUGAAGAAAAAUACAAGCAGGUUGGAGAUAUAGCAUCUAAAUUGACCAUUGAAGAGGCCACAUUUCGUGAUAUUCAGGAGAGGAAAAUGGAAUUAUAUCAAGCAAUUGUCAAAAUGGAACAGGGUGGUAGUGCUGAUGGUAUUCUUCAGGUUCGUGCUGAUCGUAUCCAGUCAGAUCUUGAGGAGCUAGUGAAGGGUUUGAAUGAACGGUGCAAGAAAUAUGGGUUACGUGUCAAGCCUACUGCACUAGUUGAGCUUCCUUUUGGCUGGCAACCUGGCAUUCAAGAGGCAGCUGCUGAUUGGAAUGAAGAUUGGGAUAAGUUUGAAGAUGAAGGAUUCUCAUUUGUCAAGGAACUCACUCUUGAUGUUCAGAAUGUUGUGGCCCCUCCAAAACCAAAACCUUCUUCGGUUAGGAAGGAAAAGGAUUCCUCGGAUGAGGGUCUGACAACCGCCUCAUCCCCAAAUGCUGAUACUAAAUCAGAGAAGCCUAUGAGUACAGUUGACCGGAAUGGUGAGAAUGGAUCAGCUUAUGCACAGAGUGAAGAUGGCUCCGCAAGAAGUGCGCCUGCCAGUCCCACAGGAAGGAGUACAGUGGAGAGCCCAUCUCAUCAUUUUGGAGAUAACCAUUUUGCAAAGAGCAUUGGUGCUGAUGGAUCACCCCAUGCUAAAGAAACAGAGAGUGAUCAUGGUGGUGCCGAGUCCAUACUUUCUGGGGAUAAAAGUUUUGAUGAACCAACCUGGGGUACUUUUGACACCAACUACGAUACUGACUCAGUGUGGGGCUUUGGCACGUCUCGUCCAAAUGACCUGGAUAAUGAAAGCCACACAGAAAACUCAUUCUUUUCUGGUGGCGGGGGUCUGAACCCGAUAAGAACGGGAUCUCCACAGGCAGAUAGUAUGUUCCAGAGGAGGAGCCCAUUCAAUUUUGCAGACUCUGUUCCAAGCUCUCCUCUAUUCAAUUCUGGCUUCUCUCCAAGGUAUAAUGAGGGAUCAGAAGGGCACUCCUUCGACAACUUCUCAAGAUUUGACUCCUUCAACAGCAGCAUACAUGACAGUUCAUUUUUCCCUCCGCGUGAGACUCUUACAAGGUUCGACUCCAUCCGCAGUACUGCAGAUUUUGAUCACAGCCGAGGUUUCCCACCGCGUGAGACUCUUACAAGGUUCGACUCCAUCCGCAGUACUGCAGAUUUUGAUCACAGCCGAGGUUUCCCAUCUUUCGAUGAUGCUGAUCCUUUUGGCUCAUCUGGACCAUUUAAAAGUUCAUCAGAGAGUCAAACCCCUAAGAGAGGUUCAGAUAAUUGGAGUGCCUUCUAGCCCAAUAAUUCAGUGUUAGAUCGAUAUGUGCUCUCAUCUCAGUUUUAGCCUUUUUGGGAGGUCUUGUUCAUGUGGGUAAAGGUAGCCUUUUCUUGGUGUGCUAUAUAAUCUACAGCAAUGAUUUGAUGUAAUGCCUUCUGGGUUUCACCUCUUUUUGUAUUUCUGCAAUUUCUUUUCUUUUCUUUUUUUUUCUUUUUUUUGG